CAGAUAAGUGGACUACCGCGCCAUCUGUUAGGAAAAACUUGGAGAGCGAGAGAGUUAAUACCUGCCUGCGGACUAAAACAAUGGGGACAUCUCUGCGACACACGUGCUUGUUUAAUUGAUGCAGUGCAACUUUGGUGUGUAUAAUGGUUGAGUGCUGUUUUUAGGGCUGAUCCAUGUUUGAGUGUGUGAUAUAUGAUACAGGAACUAAGAUUGGUAUAUCAACAAGAAAUCAACGAUCUCAAUCUCAGGUCAACCAACCAUAACAUAUAGACUGUAUCCUGGAUCAGUGGCCAUACCAAACAUUGUUUUUGUUAACACUGUAUUACCUGAUUAUUCAGGGGUGGCAUACCUUGUAUUUGAAGUCAACUAAACUCACCAACACAAAAUAUCAUUUUUAAAACUCAAAAUGAGUCUCCUUAAGGACCUUGCUCUCAGGAUUAUGGGAAAUCAUGUGGUAAAGAAAUAUUCCGAACCAAUAAUGACACAUCAACAAGCAAGAGAGAUAGGAUGACAGUUGAGGGAUCUAAACAAGUAUGGAGUCAGACUUGCUCUAGGAAAUUCCCUUCAACUUCAAAAUCUGAUACUCCCACCUGCUCUUCAAAAAUACAAUAAGAAUAAUACAUUUGAAAUAGCCCUUAGGAUUCAACUGUGCAUAGUCCUUGGUUGUGUUGAAUCCUCAUACACAUCUUUCAGUUCCGCAUAUCAUUUAAUAUGUGAAUUCUUCCUUCAUUUUCUGAGGACUGAAACAGAUACAUUAGAAGGUUCAGCUUUAACCGUCUUAAAUGAAUGCACGAACAAUUUGAAACAUUAUCAGCUCAGUGAAAUGGAGUUAUAUUCAAUGGAAGCUCUUCAAGUUUGUUUGAGUUUAGUCCCAAACUUUAGUCUAGGAGGAAUCAUCAAAAUUGAUCCAGGAGCUGAUUUAACCAAUCCAGCUAUCCAGCAGAACUUGCGAAGUCAGGUGAGGGAGCUCAAUGCAUUACCAUAUCAACCCUCUAUUGCAUUGUUCAAUUUGAUUGUCAAAUCUUGUCUUUAUUAUAACAGCUUGAAAUCAGACCUUGCUAGAUUAAUAUUCACCUUUGGGAUGGGAUUCGCAAGGAGUCGCAGGAUGACAGAAAGGGCUUGGACAACAAGAUGGACAGCUCUAGUUAAUAGAUAUCCAGCUGAGUCGCAAUUCUCAUUUCUUGCUGAAGAUGCUCGAAACCUGUCAGAUUUAAUUCAAAUCCUUGCCCGUGAUGGAUUAGAUCUUCCAAAGUUAGUUGCAGAAUAUUUGGGUUAUGUAGAAAAAUUCUUCCCUGAGGAUCCCAUAAUGAAAAAAUUGGUUGACCAAGCCGCCCAUAAAGGAAUGACUGUUCCAGUAGCAAUUACAAAAGCAUUGUCUUCUUAUCCGACCUUUGGAUGGAUGCACUUGUUAGCUACAAAUGCUGUACUUCAAAGUGAGGUCGAGUACCUGAUGAAAUAUUUUCAUCGGAUCAAAGGGGAUGUUUAUGCGGGCAUAAAAUAUCCUGGAAUUGCCAACAAUGUCAAGAACCGUGCAUACCUUUGUGUCAAACUGCAAAUUGAGAUUGCAGGAGAUGAACAACUUAAGAAAUACAAUGGGAUUGGAGGUCUGAACAACAAAACACAAAUUCCAUUAAGGAUUCUUCUAGAUAAACUGGUAGCUGAGUAUAAGAAAACCAUUCUUUAUGAAGAGACUCGGAGACCAUCCUUAACAGUGUUAACUAAAUACAAAGACCAAUCUACCUCAACUAAAGCAAUGAAGGAACUUCUUUCUCAGAAUCUUUUGCCAAAUGAUACUGAAGAAGAUGAAGAUGAGGUUGAUGCAGGAGGGAUUGGAGGUGUGUUCAAAGAGCAGCCUUUAUCUAGUGAAGAUAGCGGAAGUGAUCCUGGUGCAGGCUCCCAUCACAGGAAAUCAAAAAGGAAAUUUUCACCUCCUCCUAAGAAAAAAUCAUGCAGUCCAUCUCCAAGAUCACAGAAAUUGGAAUCAAGAUUUGGGACUCCUCCAAGGAUGAUUGAGAGAACAACUCAUUCACCAACCUUCUCUGUGUCUGGUCUAUCUACGCAAUCUCAAAUUCAUCACGUGGGUUUAGAUAGAAUGAGAGUGAGUACAGCUUCAGAGUCAAUUCCUCCUUUUGAACCUCAAGCUGGAACCAGUAAAAUACUCACGGAGAUUGUGGGUGAUGAUUACCUUAAGCAGAACCCUCAUGAAUUGACACACAUGGGACCUCUCACUGCUCUUGAAUCUCCAACAACUGCUCUUCCUCGAGAGACAUGUCAGGAGACCGGUACCAAAUCCUCAACUAAAGGGAAGAAAUAGUCUAGUUCCUGUAAUGUUGACAUGUGGAUUAUAUUGUUGGUAUUUAUCCAAAAAUAAAUUGUGUAACAGGGUAUGUUUUAUAGAGUUAUAAUGAAACUCCUCAUAAGAAUUAAUUUUUGUAAUUCAAAGAAGUCAUUAAGACAUUAUUUCCUCAUGUUGUAUGUUUGUCUAGAUUUAAGAUUGCUUUUCUUAUUCAAUUAUUAAUAUUGUUCAUUUCUUGUACCAAAACCACAUGACCUCAAAAAUAUUUUAAAAACUUUUAA